CAAUGCUACUUAAAUCUUUACGUCGCCAACUCUUCAUGAGCAUUGACCUCUACCAAAUCUACAACAGUCACAAUGGCACCUACGGAACUCACCCCGGAGCUAUCCCAGCUCUUCCAAAGCAUCGAAACCCGCUUCAAAGACACACAUCUAGGCGACGAGCGCUGGUAUCUCCUCGUCAUCGCCUGUCUUUCCGCCAGUCCCGAUCCCGAAUCUGCAGCAGCUCUAUACCAAUACCUCACCCGCCAGGAAGUCUAUCAGACCAGCGGAUCGCGUCAAGCUCUCGUACGACGCCUUCGCGAAGCCCUCAUCAAGACCACCAUCCUCGUGGGCGUGUGCAAGCCCCUCGAAGCCAUCCUGUCAAUCAUGAAGGUAGAGAAACCCGAGGACCGAGACUUUAGCCAAACGCGCGACGGAUGGCAGGCUGAUCAAGCAAACCACGACCGCGGAAUCGAUUGGUUCAAGAAAGUGUAUACUCGAAACGCGGGGGAUACGAUGGGAUUGUUUGACGCGCACAAGGAUUUUGCAUGGGUCUCGGCGGAGAUCACAUAUGGAUUGUUUCUAUCGGAUCGGCAAGUCUUGGACGAUACGGACACGCAGCUUGUGGUGCUGCCGGUGAUCAUGAGCCAGAAUCUCCCGCUGGAGACGCAUUGGCAUAUUCGGGGAACGCGGCGAAUUGGGGUGUCGAAGGAGGAUGUUCAAGUCAUUUGGGAUAGUGUCAAGGAAGUGUCAAAGUUCUUUGGGGUCGAAUUGCACAAGGUGCCGACGGUGGACGAGGUUGAGCCUGAUGUGUAGACUGGAACAGACAUCGACGUCAUGGAAUAGAUCAAUAUAUACAAGGAAAAAUAGAUCAAUC